AUGGCGGACCCGCGCAGAGACGAGGGUACAGACUGUCCGGAGCCUGAGGGAGCAGCGGGAGGAGAAGAUGUUGUGGAUGACCCGAUCCUGGAACAGGGAGCUGUGGUUCUCAGAGGGUAUGUGAUAGAGCGCCUCCUGGUGGAGGACCCCUCCUGCUGCAUCUCCUCUGAGGAGCUCGGAGGUCGCCCUGAGGAGCAGGAGGAGCACAACAUCAAACAAGUGGUGGAUCAGCUGCUGAGGAUCGCAGACGAAAUGAACCGAAACGCAGAGCUGCAGAGGCUGAUAAACCAGGUGGACGGUACCUGUGCUCAAGACAUCUUCAUGACUGUCGCUCGCAGCAUCUUCGCUGACGGCAUCAACUGGGGACGGAUUGUGGCUCUGUUCCAUGUGGCCUACAAGCUCAUCCACAAGGCCAUCAGCUCUAACCAUCUGGAGAACAUCCGUGUUGUGGUCAGUUGGGUCCUGACGGUGAUCAAAGACCAGCUGUACUCCUGGAUCGUCCAACAGGGAGGCUGGGAGGGGGUGAUCCGUGGCUUCCGCAGCUGGAGGAGCGUUGCCAUGGCAGCCUCUGUGGCCCUGGUGGUGUGUUUGGUGUACUACAGGAGCACGCGCUGA